AUGCCUAGAGACGACUUGUCCAUCGACUUCGUCAAGAGGAUGCCUCAAGCCGAGCCCCUCGACCCGGGCUUGAUCCUUGACGACUGGAUCAACCGCGUCCAGAAUCUGCCCGAGGAGAUCCGGUUUAUGCAGGACGAAAUCGCCGACAAGGACAGACAGUACAACGAGUGCAUCCGAACCAUCGAGGACCGCGACGGCAAGAUACAAAAAUGGAUCAAGUCGAAUGGGAGCCACGAGGCGAACCCUAAGGAGGAAUUGCUGCGUGCUCAGAUCCGCGAUGCCUACGCUCGCGCCGACAAGAUCUCGCAGGACAAGAUCGCCCUCACACAGAGGCUACAAGCCAUCAUGGACAAACAUCUGCGCAGCCUCGACGUUCAGAUAAAGCUGCUCUACGACCGCGCAGAGCCUGGCUUCACCGACCCUGACGAGGUGCCUUCGCUCCUCCGGCCCAGCGCCGCCAACCACACCGCCCCGUCGAUCCGGCCCAUCAACCCGUCCGCGCACAUGGCCGCCGCUGGUCCUAUCCCGUCGCCCCUGAACCCAGCGCAUGCCUCCUCGAACCCAGCAACCACGCGCCUGCCCACGCACCCCAGCAUCCGGCAGGCACAAGCCCAGCAGACGCUCAACCAGCACCCAGCUUCAGCCCCCGCCACACCGGCUGCGAGCAUCAUCCUCAACCGACAACGCGAGAGCUCGGCCGGCCCUGCCACCAAGCGCGGCCCUCGAUCCAGCACAGGGCCCGGAAACGCGCCGGCAGCAUCGAGCGGACUUGCGAGACACUCAUCGUUGGGACCCGGCAUCUCCAAGGCGGGCCCGGGUGCUGGUGCCGGGGCUGCGGUUAGGGCGGGUAGUGCUGGUCCGCGUGCAGGCUCGGUCAAGGCGGGCUCAGCUGCCGGAAGCCGGCGAGGCACCCCGACUGCCACAGCACGUAAAAAGGCCCCCAACAAGUCGUCGCUGUCCCGAGUGAAGAAGGCGUCGGCGCGAAACUCACCUGCUUCGACGGCGGAUAGUGACCUGUCGGAAGCGGAGAGCAUGAGCGCCGGAGAAGAGGAAGAGGGUGCCGAUGGCCGUUCUGCGGGCACGCCGGCGGCCGACGGCAAAGACGCCGACGGCGACGAGGCUGUAGGAGACGCCGAAGACGAGGAUGAGGAAGGCGGGGACGAGAAGACCUACUGCCUUUGCCAUAACGUGAGCUAUGGGGAUAUGGUGGCCUGCGACAACGACAAUUGCCCCUAUGAGUGGUUUCAUUGGUCGUGCGUUGGCCUUAAGAGCGAGCCUAACGGGACGUGGUACUGUCCGGUGUGCACGGAGAAGUUCCAGAAGAAGAGCAAGUAG